ACAGAACAACACAAGUGCAAAUUAAACUUGACCUAGCUAGCAACUUCUCAUUAUUAAUCGCUAGUGCUAUUGCAUUAAUUUGAACAAUGGCUUUCCAUUCACUACGUUAUAACGUAUUUUGCUUCUCUAUUUUGUUUUCUCUACUUAUUGCCUUAGCCUCUGCUGAGCUAUCUUCAGAUUUCUAUGCAUCAACAUGCCCCAAUGCCCUCUCUACCAUAAAAUCUGCAGUGAAAAGUGCAGUUGCUAAAGAGCAUCGCAUGGGAGCAUCCUUGCUCCGUCUUCAUUUCCAUGAUUGCUUUGUUAAUGGAUGUGAUGCAUCAGUUCUUCUAGAUGACACUUCGAGCUUCACGGGAGAAAAGUCAGCUGCUGCAAAUUUGAAUUCUUUGAGGGGUUUUGAUGUAAUUGACGACAUCAAAAGUCAGUUGGAGAGUGCUUGUCCAGGAAUUGUUUCCUGUGCAGAUAUUGUUGCUGUUGCUGCACGAGAUUCUGUCGUAGCAUUGGGUGGUCCAUCAUGGACAAUAGGGUUAGGGAGAAGAGAUUCAACCACUGCAAGUAAAGAUGCUGCCACUAGUGAUAUCCCAUCCCCUCUAAUGGAUCUCAAUGAUCUCAUAUCUGCCUUUUCAAACAAGGGGUUUACCUCCCAAGAGAUGGUAGUCCUCUCAGGAGCUCAUACAACAGGGCAAGCCAAAUGCCAAUUCUUCCGGGGUAGGAUUUACAAUGAGACCAACAUUGAUUCAGAUUUUGCAACAUCAGCCAAGUCAAAUUGUCCAAGCACUGAUGGUGACAGCAACCUCUCCCCACUUGAUGUCACCACCAAUGUGUUAUUUGACAAUGCUUAUUUCAAGAACCUUGUGAACAAGAAAGGGCUUCUACAUUCUGAUCAGCAACUUUUCAGUGGCGGUUCUACUGAUUCUCAGGUCACUACCUACAGCACUAGCUCUUCAACUUUCUAUGCAGACUUUGCCAGUGCUAUGGUCAAAAUGGGAAACCUCAGCCCUUUAACAGGAAGCAGUGGCCAAAUUCGUACUAACUGCCGCAACGUUAACUAAAAAUUAAUGGAGAAAAUUAAUCAAUGAGCAUUAAUUGAGAAAAUUAAGCUCGAGAAUUAUAUAUGCUCAUCCAGUCACAAUCUUUAUGUGUUAUGGUUUUAAUUUCUUGGUGUAUGGUGUGAUACGUAGUCGGUUUAUUUUUGUAGUUCUCCAAAAAAUUUAUGAACUGGCCAAAUAAAGAGUGAUAUUAUUCAUCCAAAAAAAGAGAGAAAGUGUUGUUAUUCUCAUACCACUUUUUUGUUUUUUUAUUACUCAUACCACUUUCAAUUAUUGGUGUAAAAGUUACUUUAUUACAAUCUAGUGUGUUUGGACGA